AUGUCCACGGCUUUCCGUUCCAACAUGUAUUUGUAUUAUUUCGAAGGCACUGUGAUAUGUCUUACCAACUCUAUACUGCUGUUCUGUAUUCUGAGCAAUUCGAAAAAUCGAAAUCGUCGGGAGUUCCUCCUUAUCCUCGGUCAAGCUAUAGCGGAUGAUCUGUAUGCUAUAUCUUUCAUGCUGGUUGCUGAACUAAGGUUACGACUAGCUGAUCAAGGACGAGAAAAUGAUAACUCGACUGUCUGGAAUUGCGCGCUGGAGCCGGCUCUCCCGAUUCAUGAUUUCUCAACUCCUCUGCUGGGAUUACUUCCUCUUGCAUCAUCAUUCAACUUCUUUCUCUGCACCAUAGCGCCCUUUUUUUAUUUGAGAGCAGGAAAAGUUUACACAAGCAGCUUAAUUGGAGUACCUUAUCUAAUUUGCUUACUAUUAGUUGUUGUAAAUUACGUUCUUCUGUGGGGCAAUCAGGACGUGACAUCAGCACAAUGCGUGGCAACGAAAGGAGCUGCUCAUCCAGUGGUGUAUGGCGCUAUGCGUAUACUGAGAAUGGUAUCUACCUUGGCCAGUGCUCUCAUAUAUGCUUUCAUUCUAUCUUUUCUGCGUUUGAAUCAACCAGAUGCUUCAGCUAUCCAGAAGGCGAACCAUAGAAACAGUACCAUAACUCUAGGUCUUGUAACGAUCAAUUCUAUAAUCUUACUCUUCGUUCCGGAUGUUCUUAUGUUUUUGAACCCCUACAAUAUUUUAGCCAACUACUCAACUCUGUUAUAUUCAAUGACGCUUAGUAAGACUAUGAUAAAUUUUUUUAUUUAUAUGACUCGUUAUCGAGAAUUACGACAAAUCGUCCUCUCAGUGUUUUUCGGAAGAUUUAAGUGGUGGAAGAAUAGAGUGGAAAAUUCACAAAAAUCGGGACUCAAAAGUAUUGGACAACAACGAACUGAUGCCAUGACCACACGAAAAUCUCUCGAUACUAGUGUAGUUAAGCAAAGUCAGAAGAGUAUAUUUGGAAGAAAUUCAUUCGUAGUUUCUGAUAAGAUAAACCCAAAUACUGUGGACAAUUUUAGAAACAUAUUUGAACCUAAGUAUAAGCUUCCACCUAUACGUCGUCCUCCUAAUGUUGUCCGAUAG